AUGAAAAUGAGAAUCAAAGGAUCAAAGGAGGUGGCCACAAAUACGAAUUUAGGGUUGACCGUGGCCUUGUCCCUCGGUGGGGCACUUUUCACCUAUCUCAAAAUUAAACACAUCAAACUUCCUCCAGGUGAUGGCAGAAAUGUCGAUUCAAGAGAUGAAAAUGAUGAUCAGAGCGACGUCGUUUCAUCAAGCAGUUUAGAGAUCAGCACCCGAGUCAAAAUGCUCGAGGAGAAGGAGAGGAAGCUUGAGCUCCGGCUCUUCGAAUUCUACGGUAUCAAGGAGCAAGAAACCGCGGUCAUCGUGCUCCAGAACCGCCUCCGUUUGAACACCAUGGAGGCGAAGCUCAAGAUUCAGUCCUUGAUGUUGGACAAUAGGCGGCUCGAGGCUCAGGCCGCGGAUCAUGCCAAUGCCACGGCCGAGCUCCAGGCCGCCAAUGCCAAGAUCAAGGUGUUGAGAAAGAAGCUCAAGUCGGAGGGCGUGAAGAAUGUGGAGAUGAAGAUGCAACUGGAGGAGACGUGCGAGUUGAGGUUGGAGUUGGAGGAGAUGAGGAAGUGCAACGAGGUAUUCAAGUUGGAGAACAUCGAGCUUGUACAGAAGCUCGAGUACGUGAAGAUGCUCACAGUUGACAACGAAGAGAUGGCGGAGCUGAAAGAAGAGAGCCUCCGUCUAAAGCAAGAGAACAAAGAUUUGAAAGACGAGAUCCAACGGCUGAACGUGACAGACUUAGAAGAGCUCGUCUUCCUACGAUGGAUCAACACGUGCCUCCACAAGAACCACGAGCCGGCCUCGGGGAGGAACCUCAGCCCGGAGUCCGAGAAAAAGGUGAAGAAGCUCCUCCUCGAAUACGCAAACAAACAGGGCAAGAGCAUCGACUCCAACUACCUAGAAUCCGACCAAUGGUCGUCAUCGCAAUCUCAAUACUCGUGCAUGACCGAGGAGCGCGAAGAUCUGUACUUGGAUCUCCCGCCCUCGAGCAGCAAGCCAAAACUCUUCGGGAGGCUACGAAGGCUACUCCUCGGGAAAAGUUCUAGCCGCCAGACUACAACCCACACCGGGGAGAGUCUCCCCGGUCGGUUGUCAUGCGAAUACCCGGCGGGAUCACCGAGGGUGGUCGACGCCGGGGGCCAUGACAUCAACGAGAUCUUGUCGAGGAGCAGCUCACGCAGGUCCCUCGACAUCCCAAGGUCAUACUCGCGAGGCAGCGGCGGCGGCGCCGCCACUCCUAAAUAUUCGUUAAGGAGUUUGUAUGAAUCUACUGCUUGA